GGACGUCCUAAUUCUGUCUGUGACGUAACAAAUAGAGCAUGGUAACCGCAAAAUGCGGCCACAUUUUAACAGAGACGUAAAUUAUGGAAGAAAAUGUGAGAAUUAAUACCAGACAACUAGAUAAAAACACAUAUAAAGAUAUCCUCAUAAGUCCAAACAAUGAUGACAUAAUUAUUCCAAUCAGUGCCACUUUCGACAGAGUUGCAUUACAUAUUGGUAUUGGAAAUGGACGAGGAAUCUUUAUAGAGAAGCCUGAUGUUAAAGAUGGGAAAGAAAUCAAAACAUCAGUCAAACGUGCUACCCAGAAGUUUAUGAAAAGAAUGUAUAAAGGAAUAGCUAAAAAUGAGAAUGCUAUAGAAAGUAAACUUGAAGAAUUAAGAAAGCCUUUGGUCGAAGAUGAAGAUAAGUUUAUCGGAGACAUUUCAAACAGACACGAUAUUGACAGAUACUUGCUUCGGUAUGUUUACUCAUUUUAUGGUAAGACAAUAUCGAAAGCUGCAAAGGGAUUGUCAAAAAAUGGACUACUUUUAAGACAAGCUCAAUCCGAAGAUGUUAGAAGUGUCAUUGACAGCAUGCAUGCCGCAUUGGAAAUGGAAAUGGUUUCUAUACCAGGUAUUAGAAAUAUUUCAUUACUAAAACCCAAGCAAGACUUUAAAGGCCCGACUGUACCAAAUAUGAAUAUUGAUAUGAAAUUGUACUCGCGUCCUAAUUACAGUUUCAAUGCAACAAACGCCGCUGUUUCAUUGGACAGACAAUCUUUAGAUACAAUUGAUAUAGAUUAUCAAAAUGAAAUGUUAGCAAUUUUAAUUGACGCUGAAACAGGUAUAAGUCGAGCUUUUUUGAAUUUUUUGACACCUGAAUUUCAAAUUGGGUCAUUUUCGAUAAAUGCAAACGACACGAACUUUGAAGAAGAUUUUGAAAAGUCAAUGCAAGAUUCCCAAAUGUUUAGUGAAGUAACAUUAUUGACAAUAAAGGGACAGGAACAAAACUACAAAGGAGCACGUCAAAAACUGAGAGAAAGACGUCAAAAACUGAGAGAAAGACGGAAAAAUAACAAAACCUACACAAUUAAUGACGUCUCAUUUUCAAAGCAGCCCUGCUUCAUUGAGAAAUAUGUUAUGAUUAAUUAUCUAAGCGAAGGCCGAGUUGCAGAAAAUGACGAUAUCGACGAAGCCUACAUUUCAGAAACUGACAAUGUAGAAAUUGAAACAGCAGAAUAUGUCACUUUACUAUCUGAAGGAGCAAUACCAGCGGAAGUUGAUGAAAAGGAUAGUGGUAUACUAUCCAUUGGAAGUGAUCAAUCAGAAUUCUUAACAUUUGACACAUUUCAAACUGUGUCAGGUGAAGCAAUUACUCACAAAGAAGAGAAAGGAAUGACAUUAGACAAUGUUCCACAGACUAGUAAUGCAAAUUUAGAAGAAUUGUCACAUGGCAUUGUUGUUGAGAAAGAGUUAUACAACAGAAAGGAAUGCAUAGAAUCAGAUAACGCAAAUAAAAAUUUCGUAACUGAUGAGGCAAGAGUAAAUAUAGAAUUCGAACCAGAAGAAGCAGCUGCCGAUAUAGAACGAAUAGCUAUCAGAGAUAAUAUUGAAGCAGAUGAAACAGCUGAACAGAAUAGAGCCGUUGAUAUUUCCUCUGACGAAGACGAUGAGUGUGACGAUGAUGAUAGCAUCUUUGGUAUCUUGACAAUCUACAAACAGAGUGGUCUUCACUGUGAACUAAACAAAGCUAACGAAGACGAUGAGUGUGACGAUGAUGAUAGCAUCUUUGGUAUCUUGACAAUCUACAAAAGGAGUGGUCUUCACUGUGAAAUAAACAAAGCUGCAAUAGAUAAAGACUUCGGAUACAGAUUCUUUUCUUUGUCAACUUUCUAUAGAUAAACUAACAAUAUAUAUUGUACUAAAAUAAUUAGAAAGAUUAAAAGCUGAUGUAAAAUUUGAAA